CGGAAUGAAACCGAACGAGAAAUGUCAAACGGCACGCAAUGUUUUUGUGUGUUAGCGAAGUGAAAGGAUUUGCGUCUAUUGAAAAUCUAUGAAGUGUGACUAAGGUAGUCAAUCAAAAAUGCAAAGAUAUCAGUUGUUAUGCAAGAUCAAAGCAUGACACAAUAUUUUACAUAAUUAUUCCAUGUUGUGUGUUCACUAGUGCAGAACAGACUUGGCUGUAUUCUCAUCCCUUGAUUUAACCAAGGGGAAAACUGAUGAAAUUAUUAUCUACAAUUCACUCACACACUUUCAAUAUCUAGGGAAGUAGAAGGUAAGUUUAUUGAACAGUUGUUGCCAACAUAACCAUCAAACAGACAACCAAAUUUAGGCCGUAAAGGGAAGCGUCUACUAGAGUCAACAAUAGCAUCGUCACCUCCCAUCAGAAUCGCAAAUUCUUCCAAACAUCACUGAUUUUGGGAAUUUUUUCACUCAUGCUAUAUUUCAUUUGUCUUUGAAGGGUAUUCCAAGUUUCAAAGUAACAGUACGACAGCAACAAGUUGAGAUUUAAGCAACAAUUUUGGUAGGCGGUCGCAUCAAUAACCGUCACAUGAAUGAAAAGACUUAAGUCGUCAUAGCAAAUUGUCAAGAGGAAAAUAGAUUUGUGUUUGAGACGAGAUGAGUGAGACACGGAGUUUAGGGAUUCAAUGUCAGAGCCGCAAGAGUACAGCAGUACAGACAAAACGUCUCUCAAAAGAAGGUAAAGUUUGACAGCGGAAUUCAUAUCAAGUAUUAGGGCUGUGCCAGUACAAUAUCAACAAGACUAUGUCUGGUAUGUAAGUAUUGAGUUCUACAACAGAUGGUGGUCGACGUGAGAAUUGUUCAUACAUACUGAAUACUUCAUUUCAUGAAAAGAAUUAACAUCAUUUUCUCACUCAGAUACUGUUGUUGGUUAACCGGCAUCUGUUUCGCGGGAAGUAUUAGUACUUACAGCAAUGUUUGCCAACCUUUAUCGCGGUUGUCUUUUAUAAAGUUCUGGUAUACACGCAUAUGGUUCUUUUAACUAGGCCGAAAUAUCGACUGUCCACUGAAGUUCACGAAAUGUCCAGACUAAAAACUCUUCAACAUUUAGAAAGCUGUGAAUUGAGAAGGAUGCAACACCUGAAAAAUACAUGUAAAACUUUGACGAGUUUCGAGCGAAGGUCCUUUAUCGGGAAGUUAUCCGUUAGGAAAACUUCGUUAGGAUCGGGAGGUUUUACUUGUGUGUUUUCAGAUGUAGUUGAAUCCUUCUCAAUCCGAAACGUUCUGGUGUUAUUGUCACUACCUACGCUGACAGACAGUUUCUCCUUCAAUAUUUAGUAUCGUGUGCAUGAGAUGCCCAAAAUCAUGUAGUUAAACUUGCUUGCUCCUGUCAUUUAUGCCUAGUAACGCAAUAUACUGAAAACCAGCAUGAAUAGCCAACAACUCAUGAUGGCAAUAUAAUUAUAUAAACUCGGGUGUUACUAAGAAUAUUAUUACGGAGAAAAACUGAGUUUUAAAACUCGAUGAAAGAUUGAGUUUUUGCCGCCGUAUAGUAUCAAUCACUGAAACUAUAAACUUGAAUCAUUCAAAAUCUUUAGAGCUACGUUACUAUACGAAAAUUGUGGAUAAAGAGAAAGAAGUUUUGCUGAAUUUCAUAAAAGCAACGAAGGAAUAUCCAGCAUUAAGGCAACCUCAUUACAGAAUAAACCUGACACCCACACAGACGAAACUUCGUAAGAAUGUUGGCACUCGGAAGAAACGUAAAAGUAAAAAGCAUGCCUCUCAUAAAACGAAAGGAAAGACAAACGAAGACGGCGAUCAAGAGAACACGAGUCACUAUGUUUCCAAGAUUGUGGUGGACGAUGCAACGCAUUGCCUGAAGCUCAGAGUGAGAUCUUGCAAGAAAAGUCAAGAGUUGAAAGAGAACAACAGCAGUGUGCCGCCUGAGAGAACACGAUCAAGGAAAGCCAAGCAACCAAGAAGAUAUACAAGAAGCCUGGAAUCUUUGACAGAAAACAUCAAUGGUGAUGGGAUGGAUAAUCCUAAAGUGGUGAGAGAUGAUGAUCCGAUCCAGACUAGUUAAAUUUCCCUUAGUGUAGCCUGCUCACAGCUUGAGUUUACAUUUGCCUUGAGUGAGAGUUAGUUGAAAUUUGUCUUAGUGAGAGUUAGUUGGAUGAUCCUUUAGGGACACCUGAUACCUUUCAAAUUUGCCUCAGUGAUUUCAAAUAGUGGCCAACAAUUCAUAAUUGCACUCCACAGAUCAGAUCAAUACAUAGUCUGUAUGACUGCAUAGAGUGAGAUUCGCAUAGCUUAGGUUUCAGAUUAGAUUUAGUUAGGGUCAGUAUCACGCUUGCAUGUCUUAAUCUUUCACUUGACUUGACUUGUUUUAGGAAUCAAGCCACCAACUUGUCAAAGAGAAGCAAGAAAGUCCAAAUGUAAAACCAGAGAGAGCUACGAAUGAUGAAAAUAACAAUGUUUCUCCAGCCAGUCCUACAACCCUCUCCACUAAAUCAGUCAAAGCUGAAGUAGAAAAUACUGACUGCUUGUUCGCUAACAGCAAAUUACACCUCUCGAGCCCAGACUCUUCCCCAUUACCGACGAUGACGUCACAACUUGCCCCAAUCCUCUCUCUAUCAGAUGAAGAAUCUCCCAACGGUCAAGCGACGUCCCCCAACGACCAAACGACAUCUCCCGACGGUCAGGCGACGUCCGACGACGACUCAAAUUACAAUUCGCCAAACGACGAUUCCGACGACAAUCAAUCUGUUUGUUCUGAGGAGUUCUUCAUCGUGGAAACAAACGAGCACAACGUGGAUGAUGGAAAAGAGGGAUCAAGUAUGAACAGUGUGAGCGAAACUGCAGAUAAAACAAAACCAACAAAGAAAUCAAAUAUAGAAGAAACGAACACAAAUCUUAAAGAUGAACUGAAAAAGCGACUUAAAGCGAACUUAAUCCGCAAAGCAUCCGACAAUGAACAAUACGAGAAUGCAACAGAAAGUUUGUCCAGGAAUGGCAGCAAUACUUGCAGAAAUAUGGAAGAGCCCAAAGUUUUACCCCAGGUUGUCUCAGUCCAUUUCUACGAUCCUCAAACGCACAGUCAACGAGUUGUUGGUGCAGAUACACACAUCCCGUAUCUUAGCAACCCCAUGAUACGAGACGCCUCAAUGACCCUGUCUUACCCUAAACCACCCUCAAUAACCCUACCUUACCCUAAAUCACCCGCAGCUACCCUAUCUUACCCACCACAUCUGUCAAGAGCACAAAAACCAACCAGCCCCACUUUAACACCACCUCGUUCUCCAAAUCUAUCCCAAGCAACCCUACCAAGGAUCCCUCCAAUGAAAUAUCCUUAUCCCUCCUAUUAUCCAAAUGCAACUGAUAUCCAUAAACAACACUCUGCUUAUCAACUCCCAAGUGUUCCUGCAUCCACAAAAGUACGAGCGCUCCCCCCUGAAAUUAGUAGUAACAGCAUUACCAGCAGGGGUAAUGUCUCAUGUUAUGGCAAUAUGCCAACUCAAGUAAGCUUACACCACCCUGAAACUAUAACCAACAGUAUUACCACCAGGGAUGUCGCUUCACGUAAUGCCACUAUUUCAAGAUCACUCCCCCCUGAAACUCGCAGUUACGGUGUUACCGCGAGAGAGGAUUCGACCUCAACCACUAAUGCACCAACAGAAGUUAUACCACACCACCCGGAAUUGGCAAGCAACACCAUCCCCACCAGGGGGGUUACGCCAACUAGUGCAGACAAUCCUAUUGAAAUUACUGAAAUAGACAAACAAGGCAAGAAGCGAAAACGUUUCAUCUUUGGCGCCCACGAACCUCCUAAAAAGAAAGUCAUUUCAUCUCUACUCACACCGCUCUGUGAACGAGAAGCGACCAGAUUGGCUGAUGGGAUACAUGAAAUUAACAUGCAAUAUUUCCCUCUGCGUUCAUUGGCUCAAAAAGCAGCCAAGCGCGUUUCGGGAGACACGGACGAUGUACUCAAACUCAUCGACCAAAAGAUUCAACUCAAGACAAAGAUUCAGGAUGUUGAAAAAGCAAGGUAAGUGUCUCAGGUAGCUUGAUGCGAUGCAAGCAAGCCUUCGGGCUACAUGGGGUUAGCUGACCAUUAGCCGGUAUUUUCACAAACAAGUGAAAAAAUAUCUUAACUGACAGCUGGCAAACGAUGAAACAGUAAUUUGGAACUGACAUAUUUCAAAACCUCCCUGACUGCUGACUAUUAUACAAAAACUAUCAGUUGAUUUGUUACAAUGUUUUGUUCCAUAUUUCUAGGAAUCUUCUCAAAGAUAUCUACGACAUGGUGUUGAAAUCAAAGGAAAUCGAAGACAUUCAGAAUUUCGAGUUGGUUUCUCAUAAUUUUGGCGUGAGAAACAUCUUAAAUCAUCUCAGCUUGGUCGACCUGUAUUUCGGAGAAUUGGGCACUGAAUUAGAGUCGAAGAUCUAAGAAACGUAUCUGUAUUUGACCCGUAUAGCUUGUCACGUGACAAAAGCAUUUAACGACGUGUUAUGCACGUGACAAAUGUUCUAUGAUAUUUUCUACAUUUUCUAUAUAUCUUUCUAUAUUUUUGUUAAUAUUGGUGUGAAUAGCAGAAUAGUCGAAAACAUUUUGAUAUUGGUUUAAAAUUGCAUAUGUUGCAUGAGUUUCAACAACUUGUUCAUUUUUGUUUGUGUGUUUACAUUUAGUCGAUAAACACUUUUGAUAUAUUCCAUUACUUAAUAUAUUGUAUUAGAAAGUAAAAAAAUAGGGACAGAAUUAGUACGUUCUUGGAGAAUUGAUAUUUGAUUAAAAUUAUGUCAUCUUUGCUGCUGAUAAAGUGUGCUGACCGCUUGAUCGUACGAAACUUACUACCAUAUUUUUUAACGCUUUCAAAUACUUUAAUUGAAAUUUCAUUCACACACACACGCACACGCACACGCACACGCACACGCACACGCACACACACCUAACGUUAUGUAUUCGUAUACCAUAAUUAAAAGUCUAUUAUUAACAGCAUGGCAUGCAGGGCGAUUAGUGAUUAAAUGUACCCGAAAGCCGAGGGAGGUUUUAUAGUAAAAGUUUACUAAACUUCUCGAGGCUUGAGGGACAUUUCAUCACUAAUCGACCGUAAUGCCAUGCUAUCACAUAUUAUAGCUACCGAGACAAUAAAACUCGGUCAGCCUUUCAUUCGAUUGAAUAAGUUGAAGUGAAAAGGCGCGUUUGCUUUUUGAUACUAAUG